AUGUCUCUUCAGAAGUCGACAUCAUUCCUAUUUGCUCUUUUUCUCAUAUCAGUAGCGUCUACUAAGGUGCUACACCUGGCAUUGCACCUUGGCACGAUACCUCUCGCGGCGUUCUUUCUCUACCUCCCUACCUUCUUUAUACCCGAUGUCGCCCUCUUGAUUAUUACCAGGCUGUUGCUGCGGCGGGAGCGAGGCGUUGGUUCUCUGGUUGGUCUGCUUUUGGGAUCUUUUAUAUCAUUUAUCACCUUCAUUGCUGCAUCGUGUCAAAUCGGAUUCUUUACUAGAACGGGCGCGGAUAUCCAGUGGUCCGCAGCUCGCACUGUCGCAAAAGACAAAGAUGGAGUCGCCGUCCUCCUAAGCGAAAGCUCGAGCGUGCUUGUGCCGGCGGUCAUAAUCUUAGCCUUGGCAUGGUUCUCCCAUGCCUGGGUGUACGAAGUAUCUGGAAACAUCCUGAGGACUCUCGCGGGACUCUGGCGGGCGACGUACAACCGGGACCCAGGUCCUAUCCAGUCGAAAGAACGAAGCGAUGGCAUCGAUGUUGAACACUCCCUCGAAGACGGUUAUUCAGACUCGGACGAGACGAUUGUGUGGUCGGAGGGAGACAGCAUGUUCGGCCGAGGCAAGGUGGAAGAGCCCCCCACUGGGUUAGCUGGUCGGAUGCGUACCUCCUGGAGGAGAGCAGUAAAAAAGAUUCCGCAAUGGAUGGUGCUCCCAUUUUGUGCCAUUGUCCUGGUGGUCUUGCUGUUGACAAGGCCGGCCAAACCGUACAACCACAUCUCGACAACGCUCCCGCUCCCGCUUCUGACACUCAUCAGCUUCUCCUUCGAGCCCUUCAAUUCGUGCGGCCAGACAGAACGGGUUGUCGAAAACAUGUGGCCACUGCCUGAACUCAUUCGCGAGGCGCACUGGAAACCAGCUCAUGAUCACUUCAAAGGCUGGGCUCCCGGGGGAAUGAGCCCCUUAAUCAAGGACUACCGCGAGAGAGUGCCCGAAUGGCUGCCAUUGCCGAUUCCUGCUGGAUUCUAUCGGUGGAACUCGACGGAGCCCGCGGAAGACACGUUGUCGGUACUUGAUACGCCCAACGGAACGACCGCCGAUGCAAAUGGUACAACUUUAGCAUGUGCACCGAUUCUCACACGACAAGCCGACUAUAACCCCGUCGACGAUCCUCUCCGCAUCACGAACCUCGACCUGGAGCCGCUUGAACCCCUACGAGCUGCAUUGCGGGACAGGACGGCGACCAUCAAGCACGUGGUCAUGAUCCAGAUGGAGUCGAUGCGUGAGGAACUCUUUCCCUUGCAGCAGGGGUCCCUGUGGCACAAGAAGAUUCUGGAAUCACACCCGGAACAGGACCGUGAUGAGAUAAACCGGCGGCUGUCGAAGCUCACCCCAAACUCCGAGAGGAUAACGGGCAAGGCCGGGGGGUUCACGAAUUCGACUGGCCAUCCAAUUACGCGAGAGGAAGAAACCCCAAGCUGGUUUAACUCAACAGAUGAAGGCUUCGGUGGUCUCAACGUCGUGGGUGCCUUCACAGGGAGUUCCGUGUCAACCAAAUCCGUUGUAGGAAGCCAUUGUGGUAUUUGGCCCAUGGCUGUUGACGGACUGGAAGAAUCAGAGAGCCAGGUCUACCAGCCAUGUCUUCCACACCUCUUCGACAUGCUGUCCCACAAGAAGAUCGACGACUCCAAAUUAGACCAAAGCGAGAUGCGCAAUCGGCCGUGGGACCAUAUGUAUUUCCAGGCUGUAACAGACGAUUAUGACCGACAGGAUGUCAUGAACGAGAAGAUGGGCUUCAGGGAUGUUGUGGCCAGAAAGACACUGCAAAAGGACGUGAAGAACAAUCCUGGGAUGAUGGAACUUAAUUAUUUCGGCUAUGCGGAGCCGUACUUGAUACCGCACAUGGAGAAAUUUAUCGACCGAGCUCUGGCCAACGACACGAGGAUGUUCCUGAGCCAUUUCACCUCAACGACUCACCACCCUUGGAGGACGCCCGGGGACUGGCAAACAGUCCGGUACAUGGGCAAGAGCCACGGAAUCAGCCACUACGACUUCAACCAGUACCUGAACGCCGUCGCCUACCACGAUGCGUGGCUGGGACAGAUGAUGCAGCUGAUCGAGGAUAAGGGCAUCGCGAACGAGACACUAGUCAUCUUCGUCGGGGACCACGGCCAGGCGUUCCUCGAGGACACGUCCGUGACGGGCACGCUGGACAAUGCGCACGUGUCCAACUUCCGCGUGCCUAUCACCUUCCGGCACCCGCACCUGCCGCGCGUGCAGUACGAGGCCAACGCCACGUCCAUCAGCAUCCUGCCCACGAUCCUGGACUUGCUCGCGAGCACGGGGUCGCUGAACGAGGAGGACGGCAGGGCGGCGGCGGACCUGAUCAACGACUACGAGGGCCAGUCGCUCAUAAGGCCGUACAAGACGCACGAGGGCGGCCGGCGGGCGUGGAACUUUGGCGUGGUCAACCUGGGCGGGAGCGUCCUGACCGUGACGUCGGCCGACGCGCCGUGGAGGCUGGUGCUGCCGGUGGAGGAGAAGAACUCAAUCGAGUACCAGCUGUCGGACCUGCGGCUCGACCCGCUGGAGGUGGACCCGAUCAAGGGCUGGGAUAUGGUGCACUUGAUCCUGGAUGCGCGGAAGAAGUACGGGCAGGACGCGGCCACGUGGGCGGACGAGGCUGAGAAGGUCGCCAGGUGGUGGAUGUUAGAGCGGAAGAGGCUAUGGAAGUACCAGUCUUCCAAAUAG